UCCUCCCCCUGACCACGAAGGCACAGUAUCGCAGCUUUUGUAAAUUAAAAUUUCAAGCGAAACGGUGGCGCUGGUCACUUUUGGGGGAGGAAAAACAGGCGGCGGGAUUAUGGCGUAGAGGUGUAAUCUGGCGGCCGACGCGGGACCCGGCGUGAGUCGAUGCACUUUGACACAGCGAAGCCGCUUUCUCGUUUACUAGCGUCUGAAGAGGCACCGUCACGCUGCAGCGAGCCUCGGUGCCGCCAGUGAAGUGUGAAGCGUUUCUGUAGCAGGCGUGGCAUGGAGGACCCCCCUCCCCCGUCCGCCGUGGUUGCGCCCCCCGAGCCCUGGCAGUUGCCCGAGUGCCGGCGUCGCAGGUGCGGCUCUGCUAAUAUCUUCCAUGGCCUGGGGCUGCGGCAGCUGCAGCGUCUCUUCCACCGAUCUGGGGAUCACAAUGCCGAACACCGGGCACAGCUGGUCUGGCGGCGCAGCGAUGGGGAGGAGUUGGCCCGGGCCCUGAUCGGCCUCAGGACGGGCAGCCGACGAGGAUGUCCCAGGGGGCCGCGGUGGCUCAGGGAGUUUCACCAUCUCAGCAUCGGUGAGGUUUCCCCAGAUAGCACCGAGGAGAACACAGAAGUCCAUUUAGACUCCUCGGAGUCUGACGGGCCCGGAACCUCCGAAUCAGCUGGAAACAGGUGGACGGAUACAGAGCAGCCCCAGAGCACCCCCAUCUGUGACGUCCGUGUUCGACACAGGAUGCCGAGGGAAGGGGGGCAAGACAGGAACCCGGAGCGGUACCUUCACCGUGUCCUGCAGCGGCCGGGUCGAGCUGCACAGGGACGGGCAAGCGAUGGGUCAGCCAAGGUUGACACAUCUCAGAUCAGCUGACUGAACCCACUGACUGACUCACUGCAAUACUACUACAUAAGCUUUAGGGGGCAGUGUGGAGAAGACAGAUCUACCCAUCCUUGAACCCACUGUGUGUGCCCUGCAGUGAACUGGCAUCCCACACAGGGAUUUUUUCUGUGCUGUUUGGCUCACUGGAACUCAGAACUGGAUAUUGAGUUGUGGCGUAACAUGUGGAAGUACACUGUCAGAUCACAUGUCGCUCAGUCACAUGAGACCUUUCCUGAGGAGAAGGACUGACCACCGCUGAAGCGGCAUCGAGCCGUGCUGCUAGCAUGAUGCUGCGAUAUAUACUCGCACUAAAAGUCGGGGUGGUCUGGAGUAUGAGCUCAGAGCAGGGCUGUGGGUGAAGACUGGUUUUAGUGGUGGAGCAGUAGCCUUGUUUGGUCGCCAUGGUGCUUGGAGGGUGAAGGUUAAAUUUCUGUUGCGUAAAAUGUUGGCGGAGUGAUGAGAUAGUGCCAUAGGUUACAAAGGGUUAUCUCCCAUAAUGCCUUAAGGUCAUAUUAGCAUGCUAAGCAUAUGGUUUUGACCUUUAACCCUAUGGUCACGAGUCCUACAGAUCGAUCGUGGCCAACUGCAUGCCUUCCUUCCAGCAAACACUCUGACACGGGGAGUUUGUUUCUUGGUAGGACGCCUCAAAACUAAUAUCAGAAAAUACACACUUGGAUCAGAACUGCAAGACUGUGUUGGAGCUUGGGAAAUGUGGCGUUCGUCCAGACACUGCUGGCCUGUAACCUUAGGCUACAAGCACAUGAAGAUCAGUCGGAUAAAUGGAACGUCCUCCGUGUCCAUGUCACUGUUAGACAGCGUUGUGAUGCACAUUAGUUUGUUGAUUUCCUUCUGUGAAAUUUUCCAUGAUCCUCCUUUCAGUUUGAACCCAAUAUUUGUGUUACACUACACAGGAAUGGCCUUUGUCUUAACGAAAUCUUACUGUGAGCUAAAUUUUGAGAGUGACAUUGCCAAUGCUUGACUGACACUAUAUGGGAAAAUGUUUCUUCUCCCCACAGAUAGUCAUGGACACUACAGUUUUUUUUAUAUAUAAACAUUAAAAAUGUUAAAGUACAACUUCCAUGUUCUGUGAAGGUCUAUGUCCACUAACUAUGCAUGAUUAAAAAAAAUGUUGAAAUCCA